GUCUGGGACUGUGCCGGACUUCUGGCACAUGGUCUGGCAGGAACAAGUCCAAUUUAUUGUCAUGUUAACGCACUGCUACGAGAAAGGAAAGGAAAAAUGUUGCAUGUACUGGCCUGAGACGAAGAAGUCAACGUUCCUGGCUGACCAAUAUGUCAUGACUCUCAUAGAUGAAGAUCAAGGACCUGACUGGACUGAGCGCAGGAUCCUCCUGCAAAAUGACCCCAGCCCCGCCAGAGAGGUCGUGCAGCUGCACUUCACGUCGUGGCCCGACUUCAACGUGCCGGCGUCCGAGGCCGCUUUGCUGANAG